UCCGAUACUAAUCUAACACUAAAUACACCAUUUAUGAAAAGUGUCAGGCGAUCAUAGUUUCCAAGAUGGAAAAGAUAUAAAUCAUUGCAUAUGUUCCCAGUGUCGUUUUGCCCAAGGAACAAACAAUUAACUCACCGUCAUUUUACUCACCAAACUCAGUACAACCUGUGACUAUAAAACGCAGCCAUAGCUUUCAACUUCAACACAAUCUCAAUUGAAAUCUCAUCACACAAUGGCUUCCAAAGUUUCCUCUCUCUUUGCGUUUGUUCUCAUCACCACCAUCCUUCUUGCCACUACAUGGCAAGCAGUUGCAAGACGCCACACUAAACUAAAGUACUCAUACAAAGGGGACAAGAAACAACCUCAGUUUUUCUUCCCUUCUGAUGGUUAUAGUCCUGGCUUUGGGAGAUUAGGGUUUCCUCCUUUCUUUGGGUUUACACCUCAAAAUCCAAACAUCGGUGGUGGUGGUGGUGAAGUAGAGCCAGCACCAGUUUCAGGUGGUGGAUAUGUUCCAGGUGGAGAUGACACCUUUGUCCCAAACCCAGGUUUUGAGGUUCCAAACCCUAGAAAUGGUGGUGGAGUUCCAGUUCCAGUUCCAGUGAAUCCAUGAGUGAGCUAGCUACCAUGCUCUAUGCAUGAUGGCACUAGUUAGGUGUAGUUUCCAUGCAUGUUAUAUUAUGGUUUUGCAAAAUUGAAGUACUAGCUAGUGUACUGUUUUUUGUGUUGGUGAAUAAGUUUUGUGUCUAGCUACUAUGUGUGAUAUGCAGAGUCUUUCUGCUACAUCAAAUGAAUUAAUCAUAUGAGUAA